AUGAGCCUUCCGAGGCCUUGUCCGCUUACCACAACACACAGACAGACGAGCUCCGAGGAUGAUGUUACAGCCGACUCCGAUUUUUCAGAAUCCGAUUCCGAUUGGGGCUUCGACUCCGAUGAUGAUGAAGAUGAAAACGGCGACGUUGACGAAGAGUGCUUCUACAUCAACGCAAUCAUCUCUGUGCCAGGCCCCUACACGCUGUCAUGGGACUGUUCUUCAUCGCUUCUUUGGUCGAAGUCUCUGGUCCAGCAUGGCGAAUUUGAAGCCGCCGACGCCAUUCUAUUAGCUUUUGUCGUAGACGUAGCAAUGAAGCUGUACAUUGUCGAUGGCAUCAACUAUUCCGUCCUCAACAUCCUCGACACCUCUCAACUUGUCUGGACAGUCCUUAGCAUAAUCCACAACUCAAUAUACAAACGAGUAAGUUGUUGUGGAUGGAGCAAAGGCGACGUUAUACAAACCGUAGAAAGCUUUUUCCUCGCCGCAGCCCCUGGUCUUCACCGAAUUCGCGAGCGAUUCGACAUUGCUUUUCUGCAAAAAAUCCUGGAUCCUUAUACCAAAUUGUUGUUUGCAAAAAAACUCAUUCUCCAUGAGAAUUUUACGCCCAACACUGGAAAGAUUGCCAAAGUCUACCGCUGGGUCUAUGGGGAGCCGCCCGAGUUAGUCUUAUUCAAUGAUAUGGAAGAUGGCGAGCCUCCUUCGCAGAGACCGAUCAACAUACGGCAAUGGGUUUUUGAGUAUAACUAA